AGGAUUCGGGUCUGGAAGAGAAGGGGAAGGGGCUGGACCCACCUCCUGAGCCAGGAUUCUGGGGAUGGCGUGAGGAACAGUGCUCAGUGCAGGAAAAGAAGGGUCAGAUCAAAGUCCCAGGUUUCGGGCGUGGAAUCUCAGGGUCUCUCUCCCGAGGGCGGUGUCGGGUGUGGGAAAGCUCAGCGCUGGGGAUUCCCUGUCUCCCCGCGUUUCGGUUUUCCUUCUCCCAACCCUGGUCAGGUCCUUCUUCCGGGAUACUGCUGACGUAACACCACUUCUCACUCCCAUUGGGUGUCGCUUUCUAGCUAAGCUAAUCAGCGUCGCCGCUGUUCCCGGUUGAGUCCCAGCAGAGCUACCCGGACUCCAGGAUGGGGGUCACAGCUCCCGGAACCCUACUCCUGCUGCUGCCUGCUGCCCUGGUCCUGACCCAGACCUGGGCGCGCUCCCACUCCAUGAGGUAUUUCAGUACCUCCGUGUCCCGGGCCGGCCGCGCGGAGGCCCAGUACAUUGAAGUCGGCUACGUGGACGACACGCAAUUCGUGCGGUUCGACAGCGACGCCGAAAAUCCGAGGAUGGAGCCGCGGGCGCCUUGGGUGAAGCGGGAGGAGCCGGAGUAUUGGGACGAGGAGACGCAGCGCGUCAAGGACCUCACACAGAAUUUCCGAAUGAACCUGGAGACCCUGCGCCGCUACUACAACCAGAGCGAGGACGGGUCUCACACCCUCCAGUUGAUGUACGGCUGCUACGUUGGGUCGGACGGGCGCCUCCUCCACGGGUACUGGCAGUACGCUUACGACGGCGCCGACUACAUCGCCCUGAACCAGGACCUCCGCUCCUGGACCGCGGCGGACAGGGCGGCUCAGAUCACCCAGCGCAAGUUGGAGGCGGAGGGUGCAGCGGAGAGACACAGAACCUAUGUGGAGGGCACGUGCGUGGAGUGGCUCCUCAGAUACCUGAAGAACGGCAAAGACACGCUGCAGCGCGUGGAUUCCCCAAAGACUUAUGUGACCCACCACCCAGUCUCUGACCUUGAGGCCACCCUAAGGUGCUGGGCCCUGGGCUUCUACCCUGCGGAGAUCACACUGACCUGGCAGCGGGAUGGGGAAGACCAGACCCAGGACAUGGAGCUCAUAGAAACCAGGCCUUCCGGGGACAACAGAACCUUCCAGAAGUGGGCUGCUGUGGUGGUGCCUUCUGGAGAGGAGCAGAGAUACACGUGCCAUGUGCAGCAUGAGGGGCUGCCCGAGCCCCACACCGUGAGAUGGGAACCAUCUUCCCAGCUCAUCAUCCUUGUGGCCAUCAUUGCUGUCCUGGUUGUACUUGGAAUUGUGGUCGCUGCUGUGAUGUGGAGGAAGAAAAGCUCAGGUGAAGACAGGAAAAGACAACAAUCAGCAAAGCAGGAAGCCGGUCCCCACCAGACGCUGGAUGCACCAGUGCCCUGAUCUUGGACUUUCUGGGCUUCAGAAAUAUCAGAAGUAAAAUUCUGCUGAGAAAACACCCAAACUAUGCAUUUUGUUACAACAGCCUGAACCAAGAACCGGGGUCAUUUGUGCGCAGUUGUUUGCAUUCCUCCUUUGUUCCACCAGAUCACAGGGCCUCAGACAUCAGGGAAGCUGAGCAAUUCUGCAAAACUAUGGGGAUUCAGGGCUGCAUAUGGCACAUCUCAAUUCUGCCCCAUCACUGGUGUGUUGUUUAUUUUUCCCUUAUAAAUUCCAUUUCUUCCUGUGGAA